UUUCAUUUCGUCCUGAUUUCGCAUUUGCAUUCCCGAUUCCCGGGCGUAAUUUUAAAAAUCUCCGGGCGGAAGUAGUUCCUUCGCACCGGCUUAAAUAUGGCGUUCACAAUAGCCUCUGCAUGCAGCAACUCUCACGUUCUCAACCUCAUUGGUGGAUAUCGAGCAUCGUACGGGUUGUUUGCAGCCCUGAAUCAUGGAAUAUUUCAAUAUUUGGAAACGAAAGACGGGGGACGAACGGCUCGUCAGACAGCGAGGGAUUUGAUUUUAGACGAGACUGCCACGACGGUCUUACUUGACAAUUGCACGAGCGUAGAUCUUUUGGUGAAAGAAAUACCAAACGGUGAAGUAGAAAAUGCUCUCUAUUCAAACUCAGAACAAACGAAGCGAUAUCUUCUUCCUAAAAGUCCGGAAUCGUUGUAUGAAUACGCCAUCGUCGAAGCAAAAACCAUGUCAAAGCUGGUUUCCAAUUUUGAGCACACAGUGAAGGAAGGGAAAUGGCAGUGGGAGAGAGCAUUUGGUGUUUCCUUAGAAGAUGAAUGUUACACCAAUUUGUUUAACAACAAAGAAAAAAUGAUCGAAUUUGUAGAAGGGAUGGGUUGCCGUAUGAACAUGUCAAUCAGCUCAGUCCUUGGCCCGUUCGACUUUUCUGAAUUCAACCAUCAUUGUGAUCUCGGAGGUGCAGGUGGGGCGUUAUCCUACGCUGCUGUGAACGCCUACCCAAAUAUGAAGUCGACAGUUUUUGAUCUGCCAGCUGUUGUCAGCCUGUCUGAUCAUUUCAGACCGUCUCUGGAAGAGUGUCCAAACAGAGACAAUGUCACGUUUGUGGCUGGGGAUUUCUUCAAAGAUGAACUACCUUCUGCCGAUUUGUAUAGCUUGGUCCAGAUCAUUAAUGAUUGGAGUGUGGAGAAAAUAGAUUUUCUUGUAAACAAAAUAUACAACAGUCUUCCUUCAGGUGGAGGUUUGUUGAUUGGUGUAAUAAUGCUUGAUAACGACAAACGAGGACCCUGGCAGGCCAUGACUUUCGGCAUGUUGACACUCGUCGCACGAGAAUGGCAAUGACAGGUAUCGAUCGGAAAAAGAGUGUAAAGAGCUGCUCACGAAACAUGGCUUCGUUGAUGUCCAGUUUCACAAGAACCCGGUCCUUUUCUUUCCUGGUGGAGUAUUUGCAAGGAAACCAUAAGCUUUUACCUUAACUUGUCUGUAAAUGUAUAGCAAUGAGUUAAUUUUGAGUAGGAGUAGCAUUUAGUUGCAAGAUGAUUAGGAAAUAUAGGGCGAAGAACAUAUUAAACGCUAAUAAUAAAAUACCUAUAAUUAUAGCUAUUGUUUUGAAUAAAAUUUCAAUCGAGUCAGGGAAGGGUGCUGCUACGAACUGAUCAAAUUGAUUUCUAGAUUUACACUAUAAGCUCUAUAAAAAUUAUAUGGUUACGCUAACCGGAUUCUGAAAUAUUCCGACACGCGAAUGGUUUUCAAGGGCGGGGAAAAUACCAGGGUUUUAAAAUUACUAUCAUCCAGAAAUUUUUAAUAUUAUCAACUGGCUCAAUAUGCGAGAAUUGCAUUUGCAUUGCCCAAUCGUGUUCGGAAUUAUCUGUGAAAAACAUUACUUUAUCUCGUCAAUAUCCGCCUGCGAAUUACUUUUAUAUUACACUUUCUGAUUUU